UGAAACCGAACUUCUCGCGCAGGAAGAUAAUAUUUUACUCUUCCAUUACAUGAGAUUUCGACAGUUUUUGGAGUUAUGGAUAAAGUGAUAGAAGCAGCAAGCCACGAGUGUUUGGUGUUAUGAACAUUUGGGUUGUAAGAUCCUGCGCAAGAUGAACUUAAACAUGAGUGCUCACUGAUAUGAUAAAGGCAUUUUGAAUGAAUACAGUGCUUUAAAAUGGAAGAAAGUAAUACUGUAAGAGACUUCAACGACCAACCGGAAGUCAGCAUCACCAUAGAGAAUGGAGACUUCGAAGCGAGUGAAGAGGAAAGGUGGGGCUGUGAGGGCAGAGCUUGUAUUGUCAUCGAUCAUAGAGAAGGAACUGAGCACCACCAAGACCCUCCUCCUCAAGGUACAAGAUUAACACUUACAAAAACACUUACAAAGCCUUCAAAGCAUCAAGUUAGGGUUAUUCCAGUGCGGUUAAAACAGGAGAGAAUAGAAGUUCCUGAGAUGAAAGAUAUACCUGAGCAGCAUACUCAGAGAGACAGGGAGAUGAUAAUGGUGGAAUCUGAAAAAUAUCCCAGAGUGGUGGAAGCAUAUCCUAAUAACCAAGUCAAUUUUACUACCAGACAGCCAAAUGUUUUGAAAGUGUGGGUCAAGCAAGAGGUUGAAGAUGUGCAGGCAUUCCAUGAGGUACGGGAUGUUAAACCAGAUAUUCGAAAACUUAAUAUGUCACUGCAGAGUAGAAGGGAGGAUGCUGACUCCACUAUUGAUUCAGAGAGCUAUGUUAUUGAAGAAGAUAUGAAUAGUGUGAAGAAGGAAGGUACUUUCCAGUGUGAAGUGUGUGACCGAACUUACUUCCACUUGCGGACCUUGGAAUCCCACAAGAAAAUUUGUGGAAAGGAGAGUAAACUCCGGAAAACCAAAUGCAUAGAUCCGUUGUGUGAAAAAGAGUUCUUUCAUAAAUUUCGCAUGAUUGAACACUUUGAAAGGAACCACAUAUCAAAAAAGGAGCCCGAACAAGCCCUUGAAUUUGACAGGAGAGACAGUGAAUUUGCUUGUCCAAGGUGUCAUGAAUUGUUUUCUCAGGUAUCAGCCUUACGUAUCCACCAGAGGACCUGUGGAAAAUUAGCUGACUCACAAAAAAUUGGGAGGCAAGAUGGAAAAAAGAAAAUAAGGUGCAUAUACCCAGACUGUAAAAAGGAAUUCUUCAGUAGGGCUUUAUUAAAUCAACAUGUUGAACAAUGUCACCCCGAUAUUAAAGUUGUUUUGAAGCCUGCGUCUCAUUAUGAGUGUGAUAAUUGUCAUAGAGGAUUUACAUAUUUUUCAAGCUUUCAAACCCAUAGGAAGUCAUGUGGUGAACAUAGUAAACUCUCCAAGACACGCUGUGUACACCCUUCUUGUAAAAAAGAAUUCUUUCACAAGUGCAGGUUGAUUCAGCAUUUAGCUGAAGACCAUCCUGAGAUGGAUUACAAGGAGCCAAAACUAAGUUUUAAGUGUCCUAGAUGUGAUAGAGAAUACCUUUACUUGAGAAGUAUGAGGACACAUGCCAAAGUAUGUGGUAAAAAAGGAAAGCUAAAAAAAUCACAAUGCAUAUCGCCAUCGUGUACAAGAGAAUACUUCCAUAAGUCGAGACUUGCAGAGCAUAUCAAGAAGGACCAUCCAGAAAUGGUGUGUGAGAGCAGUAUGGAGAAUGAGCUGAGAUGUCAAAAUUGUAAUACAGUAUAUAGAAAUAUACAGAGCUUACAAAGACAUAAAGAGAUGUGUGGGAAAGAUGAAAAACUCAAGAAAACGCAAUGUAUUCAUCCUGCGUGUGAGAAGAAAUUCUUUCAUAUUUCUUCUAUGAUGAAGCAUGUUGAAAAUGACCAUACAGAUUUAGAAAUAUCAGUUGUAGAGAAACAUUUUCAGUCAAUAGCAGAUUUCAAGCUGUGGAAGGAAGAUGAAGAACUAAGGAGUUUUUCAUACUUUAGUACAAGACAUAGUGUAACAUCUUCUGAGGGUAAGGUCUAUCUUUCAUAUGUCUGUCAGUACAAUGGGCCGGACAGAUACCCUAGUACUCCAGGAGAGCUUGGGAGAACCGCAUCCAGGAAAUGGAAGAAGGGGAGAGUUAAAACAGGACUUGUGUGUCCAGCUAGAAUGCUAGUCAAGGAGCUGAGCGAUGGGUCGGUGAAUGUGAAGUAUGUCCAGACUCAUAAUCAUGACAUUGAUAAAGAUAACUUCUCAUACCCUCCCUUUGCACAUAGAAGUUAUAAUAGGUAUUUACCCCAAGAAGAAAGCUGUGAGAAAAAUGAAGUAGGGUAUCUGGAAAGUCAAGUUGAUGUAAAUAUGGAUGUUACAGAAGCAGUUGAAACACCUGAAGCUGCAGCUGAAGAAAAUAUUGUGAGUGGAGAAAUUAUAGCUAAAACAGAGAUGGAUGCAGACUACUUUGAUUACAUGCUGAAACCAAACUGUGGGUAUGUUCUUUCAGUAGACAGAGCCAAUGAGGUAGUAAAUCUCUUCCAGCAACGGACUUCUUCGCGUUUCACAUGCUACAAGGUUCAGAGGAGUUUUGGUAGAGAUGAAUGGAGUGUUGACAAUCGCAAGAUUCUCUGGCAACAAGAAGAGACAAGGGAGAACACUCUGCCAGAGUUUGAUGGGGUGCCGUAUAUACUGAAUGGAACCAAAGUAUUGGAAUGUCAGUAUGGAGUAAACAGAAGUGCCUAUCAAAAGAAAAAUCAUUUAGAAAGAAAAAAGAAUGAUCUAUGGAAGGAGGAUGAAGUACCAAAACAUGUUUCAAAAAAAGUGGAUUGCCCAGCCAAAAUAUUCCUCAAAGAUGUGAUUAAAUUUCCAGAUUUUAAGGUGGACAUCAAUUCCCGUGAGGCAAAGAAGUUGAAAUCAAAUAAUUUGAGAACAGCUCUGAAAGAGGAGCAAGUGUUUGGAGAGAGGAGAAUAUACAUACAAUUGCCAAAAGAAUCUGAUCAUUGCAAUCAUAGGAAAGGUCCAACCAGCAGACCUCGCAAACAAAGAAGCAGCCGUUUGUCAUUACUACCUACCUGGGACACAGAGCUGAAUGAUGGGGACUUCUUGCAGACAUUCAGAGUCACAAAGCCUGUAUAUCAAAUACUAGUUGAUGAGUGGCACAGAGUGGAGGCAUUCCGAUUAGAAGCUGCAGGUCUUCCAGCGGAUAAGGUCCAGCCCCUAGACCAACUUGUUCUGGCAGGGCUCUAUUACCUCGGGUCGACUGACAACCUAUCUAUGGCCAGUGCGAAGUUUAAAGUGAAGGCAGGAAAACUCUUUGAGACUGUGGUGAUGUUUGCAGACUUCUUGCUCGGGCAGCAGGAAAAGUAUUUAAAAUGGCCACCAGUUGAAGAAAGAGUGAAGGUCGCUGAAGUGAUCAAGCAUGACUGUGGAUUCCCAGGCGUGUUUGGGGCCCUGGAUGCCGCCCUCAUUCACAUGAUGGCUCCUACAGGUGACGACAGACUGAAUUAUGCUUACGUUACUACUGAAGAGGAAUCCAAGUAUGGCUUUGUGUUGCAAUUCAUUGUUGACCAUCGACUUGUGUUCCGGGACAUCCAUCUGGACGCUCCCAAGACAGGGACACGUUUUCAAGUUUUCCAGGAAUCUGAUGCUUGGAUAACCAUACAAAAUCUAACCAGUGCAGAGACUCAUCUUGUGGCACCAGCUGUGUAUCCAUUGGCUCCAGCUGUGAUGACGCCUCAUAUGACAGAAACAUUGACAUAUCAGGAAGCACUGUUCAACGAGAAUCACAACGAAGCUCAGAAACUAUCAGCUAACGCAAUGACAGUAUUCAAGUCACGAUUCAGGAGAAUGCAGCUCCUGGACAGGCACGUUGAAACCAAUGGGAAGCUCAUCAGGGCCGCUUGCAUUCUUCACAACAUUGCACUGAUGAAUGAGAAUGAAAUGGUGCUGAAUGAACUUGGACUGGAAUACAACAGUGAGCUUGACGAGGAAGGCUGGCACACAGUGGGUAUGGAGGAGGUUGUAGCAGAGAUUGGGAUCCUCGGUGGAGAAGAAAAGCGCCGCUACCUAACAACAGUUAUGACUUCUCGAUACUAAGUUAUAGAGCGAAGGAUUUCAAUAGAAUGGACUUGCGGAAGGGAGGGAAAUUUGAUCUUCAUGUACGAUUAUUAUUUUCCCCUUAUCUGUUUGCCUUCAAAAUUUCUUCUCUACUGUACAGAAUGAUGAUGUAAUUAUGUAAAAUAUUGUAUACAAAUAUUUAAUACAAAUUGAAAUGGAAAAACUUUCUUUGUG